GAGCCGGGCGGGCGGCGAGACCCCGUCCCCUCCGGCUACCGCAGAGAGAGGUUCCUUAGAAAGAGAGCUUGGACGGCAUGCAAAGUUGUGAAAUAUCUGCAGACAGCACGGAUGAUCCUCUUAGUAGUGGCCUACGGAGAAAACGACAGCCUCGAAUAGUAGUUAUCGGUGCUGGGCUUGCAGGCCUGUCAGCAGCGAAAGCGCUCUUGGAAAGCGGUUUCACGGAUGUAACUAUCCUUGAGGCGACUGACCGAAUUGGAGGCCGCGUGCAAAGUGUGAAACUUGGGCACGCCACUUUUGAACUGGGAGCUACGUGGAUUCAUGGUUCACAUGGAAAUCCAGUCUAUCAUCUAGCAGAAGACAAUGGUUUACUUGAAGAGACUACUGAUGGUGAGAGAAGUGUUGGACGGAUCAGUCUUUACUCCAAGAAUGGGGUGGCUUAUCAUCUUACCAACAAUGGGCAAAGGAUCCCGAAAGAUGUGGUUGAAGAAUUCAGUGAUUUAUACAACGAGGUCUAUAACCUGACUCAGGAGUUCUUCCAACGAGGUAAACCAGUCAAUGCUGAGAGCCAGAAUAGUGUGGGCGUCUUCACACGGGACGUAGUGCGCAAACGUGUCAAGGCCGAUCCGGAUGACACAGAGGCCGUCAAGAGGCUGAAACUAGCCAUGAUCCAGCAGUACCUUAAGGUAGAGAGUUGUGAGAGCAGCUCCCACAGCAUGGAUGAAGUCUCGCUCAGCGAAUUUGGGGAAUGGACCGAAAUCCCUGGGGCUCAUCACAUCAUUCCUUGCGGUUUCAUUAAAAUCGUGGAGAUUUUGGCCCGCUCCAUUCCCGAGUCUGUCAUUCAGCUCCGCAAGCCGGUCAAGUGCAUCCACUGGAACCAGUCGGUCAGCAAGGAGAUUGAGAGGGUGGCUGACCACAACAGUGACCUCCCCGAGGAGGACAAGGGCUCCGAUGUCUUCGUAGAGUGCGAGGACUGUGAGUUCAUCCCAGCUGACCAUGUCAUUGUGACUGUGUCCCUGGGAGUCUUGAAGAAACGCCACGAGAGCCUGUUUCAUCCCCGCUUGCCCGAGGAGAAGGUGAUGGCCAUUGAGAAGCUAGGAAUCAAUACGACUGACAAGAUUUUCCUGGAGUUCGAAGAGCCUUUCUGGAGCUCUGAAUGCAACAGCAUCCAGUUUGUCUGGGAAGAUGAGGCGGAGAGUGAGAGCUUGACUUAUCCCGAGGAGCUGUGGUACAAGAAGAUCUGCAGCUUUGAUGUACUCUACCCACCAGAGAGGUACGGCCAUGUCCUGAGUGGCUGGAUCUGUGGAGAAGAGGCUGUGAUUAUGGAGAAGUGUGAUGAUGAAACUGUGGCAGAAACCUGCACCGAAAUGCUACGUAAAUUUACAGAAACAGCUCCUCACAUUAAAAGGUGCAUAAAUGCAGAAGCACAGGGGCACAGUAGUUGCAUGGUGGACACUUGGAUCAUGCUGAGGCGGUCUGAUGUGCUGGAGAACCUUGAAGGAGCUCAUGAGAGCUGGUACGUCUGCACCACGCAGCAUGGUGCUGGGGAAGGAGACUGGCUUUGGUUCUGGGAGCUGUACAGCUGCGUUUUAAUGUGCCCAGGCUCCGUAGCCCUGCUCCACGCUGGCAGCUGGCUCAGGCAUCUCUGCGUGAAGCUCUGCCAUCUGCCCACUGCCACACGCUUCAUGUUGCUGUGCUGCAGUUUCCCUUGUGAUGAAGUUGCUACGUGAAAAAAGAGUUCCCUGGUGGGAAGGCUGCUGUUUACCUGCUUGUGUAGACCCUACAAGGUCAUCCAUGGGAAACACUACAGAGAGCCAAAGCUGUUGCUUUUACCAGUCUGAACAGUUGCUCUAUUAAAUAUUGCUGGAUUUAUACAAUUGUUGAUUGGGCUGAUGACUCGGUAAGCCCUUUUGUUGACAAAUUUCAGUCUUCUAGCAGAUCUGUGGCCUUAUCUGCAGGCUGACAAGCCCUCCUCUCAUUGCUUGUAACACUGUGUGUUCCUAUUGUUAAUCAUCUUUUUAUCAACACCUUACUUCUUGAUUCCUGUAUUGAAAAUCUUCUGGGUACCUUGACAGUGGAACAUGAGAACAUGCACCAGCUACAGAAGAGGCACCACCAGCCCACUGC